AUGUCGACUGGUACUCUAUUCAUCCGCGACUCACGCACUAACGUGGAUUACGAGGUUCCCAUUACCCGAAAUGCAAUACGCGCGACCGACCUCCAACGUAUCCAGGCGCCUUCGCUCAACAGUGAUCGCGCAGACCAAGUUGCCCAUGGAUUGCGUGUUUAUGAUCCCGGGUUGCAAAACACUGCCGUGACACAAUCAGCUAUCGGUUUCUCUGACCAUGAGCACGGUCUACUUCUGUAUCGAGGAUAUACCCUGGACCAACUCUGGGGAUGCGACUUUGAAGAAAUGUUCCAUCUUCUGCUAUGGGGGACAUAUCCUACAGCAACCCAAUGCGAAGAGCUACGCCAGCGGCUGGCACAGUAUAUGCAAGAGGUCCCUAGCAUCGUGCGCCAGACUAUCUUUAAUCUUCCAAAGGCGACCAGCCCACUGCCGCUGAUUCUAGCCGGCCUUUCAGCCUACCUGGCCUGUAUACCAGAUGUGAUCCCAGCAACCACAAAUGCGACAAUAUACCAAACAGACAUCAAACGGGCUGACCAAAUCAUUUUACAAACUGUUGCCGCCUAUGCUGUUAUCUUCGGAGCUGUACGAUCCCACCGGUUAGGCAUUCCCUGGAGAUGUCCGUCUCUCCAACAAACCUACUACGAGAAUCUAUUCACGAUGGCCGGUCUCAUAGACCCAUCAAUAAACCGCCCAGACCCUACCCGCAUACUCUGCUUCCGUCGCUUUGGCAACCUCAACGCUGAGCAUGGAAUGGCCCUAACAGUCUACUCGGCCCUAGUGACCGCCUCAUCCCUGACUGACCCAGUGUCUUGUCUGAUAUCUGCUGUGGCCGCAGCCCACGGUCCCUUACACUUCGGCGCAACAGAGUCCGCCCAACGCGCUCUCCAUAACAUCGGGGAACCAAAGAACGUCCCAGCCUUCCUUGAAGAAAUAAAAUCCGGAAAGCGAAAAUUAUUCGGCUACGGUCAUCGCACUUAUAAGGGAGUGGACCCACGUGUGCGUCCCAUCCAAAGUAUCCUGAAGGAUUUGUCCCAUGUUCAUCAACCGCUACUUAAAGUCGCCGAGGCGAUCGAGGAAGCUGCGUCGAAAGACGAGUACUUUAGUACACGGGGCGUGUAUCCCAAUGCGGACUUUUACGGUAACUUCGUGUUUACUGGAAUGUAA